CAUGCUAGCCGCCGUUAGCCGCGUCUAGCUGCUGUCCGUUCCUCCCGUUCCGCCGGUUCGCCGCGUUGCCAGAUUGCAGCCUCGGCCGAUAAACCCUGGCCGUAGAGGAAGCAUGCUGUGCCAACAGCCAAACAUGGUCCGCAGUGUUCCGGUCCCUGUCUCAUUUGCUCUGCGAGCUGCGGGGGAGUGCCAUCAUCACCACCUGCAAUAUGACCGCCAAUAAUCAAGAUCCCACUAACCAGCAAUGGAGUGCCCUCCUCGACGCCCUGCACCGUUUCAAGGUGAUGCGGGGGGACUUCACCAACGAGGGUGCGGGAGCUGCUGGGCGCCACGACGAGCUGUGGGCCCAGACAGCUCACCGUCUGAACCAGAUGGGGGGGGCUUUCAAAUCGUGGGAGAAGUGGAAGGAGGCCUUCAAUAAUCUCAAGGGGAGAGCCAAGCGGCAGUACAUGGAGCGGGCCCGCCAUGUCCGUGGGACGGGCGGUGGACCGCCUCUCCCAGAAGACCUGGAGCCGGAAAAGCUCGGCAUGAACCCUAUCUAUUGUAGGGUCAUGGCUUUCGUUCCACGAGAGCAGCUGUUCGGCCACGAUGGGGUGCCUGACCCUCUUCAGAUGCAGAUGCAGCAGCCAGUGCAGGCGGGGCAGCAGCAGCCAGUGCAGGCGGGGCUGCAGCAGCCAGUGCAGGCGGGGCUGCAGGCAGGGCAGCAGCCAGUGCAGGCCAUGCGGCCGCCGCCGCCACAGCCACAGCAGCACCUGGGCCAGGUAGGGCACCGGCCGUGGCUGCAGCACCCUCUGCCCGGUCCGGAGCGCCACGCCGCCCAUCCUGGCCUAGGACUAGGCCCGAACCCCUACCAACCAAGACACCAGGUCGCCCACUGUGUGUACCCGGCUACUCUUGGUGUGACUCCGGAUACUACCAUGGGAGCCACGCCAGAGUCGGCCUCGGGGUACCCGUGGGCUGGCCUGGGGUCGGUGGCGGGACCCUCGACGUCUAGGGCUGGGUCUGCCCCCGGGCCGGGACCGUCGUGGGCUGAGCCGGGACCGUCGUCGUGGGCUGCUCAGUCUUCUGUCCAGGCGGGACAGUCGUGGGCUGAGCUGGAACCGCUAUGGGCUGAGACCUCUGUCCCCGCGCCGGGACCGUCUGUCCCCGCGCCGGGACCGUCUGUCCCCGCGCCGGGACCGUCUGUCCCCGCGCCGGGACCGUCUAUCCCCGCGCCGGGACCGUCUGCUGCUGCUGUCAGUCUGUCCGCGCCGGCGCCUCCGGUUGUUAUACAAGGUAUCUCCGAGCUCACCGACGCGGUCAACCUGCUUACUGCAACCCUGCAGUCGUUGGACCUCAGACCUGAGAUCGAUACCACAAAGCUCGAGGAAACCGUUACAAGAUUCGCGUCAACGGUGGACACACUCUCCAAAUUGGGAUAGCAUGGAUGCAUGGAUAGAUAUUUUUUCGUUAUUUUUUUUUGUUCCUAUAUUAGAAUUAUUUAAUGAUUGUUU